AUGUACCCCACCGCGACGGCUCGACCCUCCAGAUCGUCCCUGCAAACUCCUGGUCUGUCCGCUCCUUCUUGUUCUCCUCUGUUGCACCAGCAACGCCACCGACAGCAUCGUCAGCAGCAACAGCAGCACCAACAACAACACGUAUUUUACGGCCCCAUUGCCACUUUGCAACAUUGCAGCGCCAGUCUGAAUUCAACUUGCCUUUAUUCGGGCUCUCAGAGAGCUCCUACGGGAGCCCCAGGUCCUGCAGCUCUGCAACCUCCAGUGGUCGCCUCUCAAGCCGUGUGUCGAGCUCCGUUCGGAGAACACUUUGCCGGAGGUUCGAGCUUAACGCUGAUUCCACAGGCUCGAUUCUUCGCUCCCGGGGAAGUGCCGCAGACCUUUUGCUUCCUCCAGGACCGGAGCUCCGCGGCGGGAGGGCCGCAGCAGCCGCAGCAGCGACCGGGACCCUACUACGGCGUGUCCGCCGCGGUGGUUCCGCCGACCGCGUCCACCGGGAACCCUGGCUUCCAUCUGCCGUCCGCGAGCUCGUUCGCGAUGGCGGCUUUCCAGGGUGCUCAGGUUCCCGGAGUGGUGUCGAUGCCCCCCGCGAACACCGCGCGGACGAGUCUUCGGUCAGUCGGGAACGAGACCCAGAGGACGACGGAAGUGCCGCCCGUGAGGCGUCUCGACGUCGAGGAGAUCAAGUCCGAGGAAGAGUGGCGUUCCGGGGCGGCCAGAUACGGUCCCUUGUCCUCGUCGAGCGGCUUCUUCGAGGCCUCGGAGUCUAGCCCUCCACCCGGGAAGGGCCCCGUGCUCGGUCCUGGACCCGGUCCCGAGGAACCCCCGCGUUCCGGAGAGUCGUCGACGAGCUUCGACUUCACCAUCGAGGCCGAGCGCAUGGUCUCCGCCCUCUGCAACACCGCCUCCUCGAACGACCUCCGGGAACCGGAGACGAGUCCUCUGGGGGGUGGCGGGGACCACCUAUCCGAGAGAAGCACCACUUCCUGGUUCGCCGACUACGGCGCCGACUACGCAUCCGGAUCAGCCACCAAAUCGGUCGGGACGCAGACCAAGGACCUCCUAGAGGAACGCCACUACGCGGAGCUGAUUCGGGGGACGAUUUACAGGGGUUGCAACGAAGCAGAGGCCAUCCUGAGUUCCUCCGAGUACGCGCGAGAUCCACGACACGGAUGGCUGGCAGGACUGUCAUCCGCUACCAGAACAGCGCUGACCAAAUCCUCGACUUGCUUCCCCGUCUUCGCCGGGGACCGCGUCCUGGUGCACGACCUCGUGAACGCCCUUGUGCGCAUCGGCAAUGGCUGGCUGAUCUUGGAUAACUACAUCAACAAGCGGCACUAUCCCAGCCUGAACGAGAAGUACGACCCGGAGCUGACCGGGUGUUUCCGCGCCUGGGAGGCCAGCACGCACGAGCUCCUGGGGAACCUGGUGCGCAGCUUCCUGUGGAUCGAGAAAAAUCGAACGACCUCCCCGGAUACGAGCGAGGAGCGCGACAUCGGUCCAGGCGCUAUUUCCUUCCCCGGGGAUGUGUCCCUCUACGUCACCAGUGACCUCUUCGGGGGCUCAACGGAGCGACGUCAUCGCCGAGAGACCGACGCCGGGUCGACUUCCUCUGGGAAACCGCGAGGGAAGUGGACGGUCCCUGCCAAGGCUCCGGAUCCUGGGAAGGCGGGGGCGAGUCGAUGUUCCCUCACCAAGGAGUUCCGCACCCUGAGGGACAAAGUCAUGGAGGGUAGAGGCUCGAGCGCCGCGAGGAGGAGUCGAUCCGCGACGUACAAACUCCCGGGCCGCGAGAGGUCGGUUUUUGGGGUCGUCUCGACGAGCGGAACCGGGUACUCCACGGGGAUGACGGAGCCGGCUUUUGCGUUCAGGAGGAACGCGACCACCCGGGUCGAGGCGUUGUUCGUCGACCAUGGUUCCGGGGUGCAGGGUCUCGACGCGGUGGGGGCUAGUGCGGAAGCGGCCGAGGCGCUGCGGGUGGCCGCCGUGCCCAGGAACAGGAUGACUUUGUUGAGCCAGAUCGAGCCGAACACCUCGGGGACGGGAAGGGACCCCGAGGGGAUGGCGGCCAACCUCUCGGCGUGGUUCGCCAGCAUGAGGCACUCGAGUCCGCUCGCAGGGGCUCUGCGCGCUGCAGCUCCGCAUGAUCUCUCCCGCAGCGCUCUGGACCUCGGUCGGCAGCUGCACCUCGACGCCAACCGGCAGCUGCACACCCUGAGGAACAUGCAGAGUAUCCAGACCGCCCCGUGGAACGCCUGCAACUUCCUUAACGAUCCCAACCCCCGAGCCGCCCCUGGUCGGAUCGAGGAGUACGACUCCUCGGAGGAUGUGCGCGUGUACAUGAAACCGGGGAGCUACAACGUUCCCAAAAAGCGGCACCAACAUCGACCCCAUCGUCGGCAUGAAAACUCGUCUUCGUCGCAUUUAGGAGGAGGGGGGAUUCAUAAUCAGGUUUCGGAUCGGUUUCGACGAGAUCCACCGACGACGAGGGCGGAGUUGGACGAGGAACCGAUCGAGCUGCCUCCAGCACCCACGGUCGUCGCGAAUCCCCAGGUCGAUCGACAGCCCUCGUCGUUGUCGUCCUCCCCACCCCCCAUUUCGUCGUCUUCCUCGCCCUUGACAUCAUCGCCACCUCCACCACCUUCGCCUCCACUCGCGCCUCCGUGCAGGUCAUCCCCGCCGAGGUCGCCGACGUCGACCGAGGCACCGCUGUCGAACCUUCUCAUCCCAACGUCCUCCUCGUCGGAGCCUCGACCCUGGCGAGUCCUCCAAAGGUCCGACCAUCUGAUUCGAGAGAAUCACGGCGACGUCACAUGGAAGGCCGCCUGCGCCUCCGCCGAGAUCCUCCUGGAGGCGCUCAACGUGAAGGACCGACCCCAAGACGGGACCUCGACGAGAGAGGAGUGCAACGCCAGGUCGCAGCGAAGACCUUCCAACUCGAACUUCAAGACCAAGUCUAAGCGCGGCAAGCCAAAGUGCAACCCUAAGACGAAGUGCAAGAUGAAGCCCAAGCCGAAGCCCAAGCCCAAGCCAUUGGCAAAGUUCAAGAGCGACCCAGGAGUCGAGCCAGCCGAGGAAGACCUGCCUAGCUACGAGGUCUCGGAGGAGGACUCUGGAUCCGGCCUCGCCAGGAAGCCUUCUCCGAGACCCAAGAGACCCUGCGCUCAGGGGUGCAGGAGCAACGUCCGGACGGACUCCUGGCUGAUCAGGACCCUGGACAACGCGGGGAUCCAGGACGAGAGGGCAGGUCGACGCGCCGAAAGCUCGGAGUCCUUGGAGGGCUCCCCCGGGGCCGAGGAGAGGACUCGAUCCUUCGACGGCGAGGUCGCUCCUCCGGGUAGGGCGACCUACUCGGAGACCGUUCGGCGGCGACCUCGCGUGCUCCCGAAUACCCUGGAGGGGAAGGAAACUCCAGGCUCGAAACGAAGUAGAGCGAUCGAGGAAGGAAUCGCCUCCUCGACGGCCCUGCCUUUACGGAAGGACGUCGCCAGGGAAAUGGAGGCCAGACGCACCGGCAGAGAAAUCUCCAGGACGGAGACCGAAGAUGGUCGUCGACAAGGACGCGACUCGGCACCUGACGAGACCAACUCCGGGGAUCGAGGGUGGUCGGUAUGGUACGGCUCCCGCAGGAGACAGAGCCUCAGCCCCCUGGCGCCUACCGAGACCGUCUGGCGAAUCACCUUAAGGCGACAUGAAAGUGACUUUUGGAAGGUCAAUCCUUUGUGA